CUGUUGUCUGUAAAUAUGAGAGACUUUCGAAAGUUGAUCAAGCGUAUCGAACCUGCUAAGGGAGGAAUGGCUGCGUCUGGCGUGAGAGUGAGCUGUUCAGGCGCCGUUUUAUCUUCAUUACUCUACGAACAACUAAGAAGUGGCCAUGCUCAAGAAGGCUUUUUGUUGGGUCAGGUGCAGAGUCACAUCAGUGAACACAUCAGUGACUCACAGAUCUGCAAUGAGAAAAUGGAAACCCUUAUUAAUGUCUCAUCAUUUCUACCAUGCACCAUGAUUGGGAGCUUUUACUCAGGUGCAGGUAUACUCAAUGAAGAAAAAUUAAAUGCCUAUAUGGGUCCAAAAUUCAAGAAUGUAAUUGGCUGGUACCGUUGUCGAGGUUCAUCAUGUGAAGAUUUGUAUCUUCGUGAGAUGUUGGUGCACAAACAGCUCGCAGCAGUUAUGUCACAUACUGGAGGGCAUUUCAUCAUGGGCAUUAUGUCAUGUUCUCCAUCAGUAGAUUCUGGCACGUUUACUGUCUCCCAUAAAUUUAUGAUGCUUCAAAACAAUCGUCUUGAAGGUGUCCCACUUCAAGUUGUCAAUAUGGGUGACACGUCAACCACAGACUACCUCCUCAAGCCUCAGAAUCCUGCUCUGUACAGUUCAGUCGCUGUACGAGAUGUCCUCUCCAAUAUCGAAAGUAAUGAGCCAGGAGUACAGGAAGCAGAAACACUUCACAUGGGAUUAUUAGAGAAACUGGGAAUACUAUUACCCAAGUUUUCCUCAGCCCAGCAAGAGUUAGAGGACACCCUGAAGGAGGUAGUUGCUCUCAGGCACCUGUGUAAUCGCAACAACAUUUCACCAGACUUUAUUCCAAAAGCAUGCCAGUCAACAGAAGAUGAAAACCUCAUGGAUUUUGAAGAGAUCCCAGCAUCUCCAGCACCUGAAGAGAGUCAAGUUGUAAGAGGAAAGGUUAGAGGUACCUCCAGAGUGUCAGUAAGAAGGAAGGGUUCAGGCAGAGGAAGAGGUGCUAAAGAUGAAAAGAUUGCUCCUUCAGAUCCAUUUGGCUUUGUAGACAAAGAAAUGGAAAAACUUCAAGUCAAGGGCCGGGGUACCCAGUCAAAUAGAGUCAGCAGGUCAAGGACUAACACCCCAUCACCAGGCCGAGUGAUGACCAAGUCACAAGCAUCUAGUGCCUCUCAGGGGACACCUCCAAGACGUUCCUCUGUUCCCAUGGGAACAAACAGUGGAAGCUCAUCACCUUCUGGCAAACGCUCGAAGGAAAACAGUCCAAUGCCUUCAGGCUCACAAGAUAUUGGGAGAAAAGACAACCAAGAAGGCGGGUUAAGAGGAAGACCAAAAUCAAGCAAAGGAUUAACUCGAACAUCGUCAAAGGACAGUAAUUCUCCCUCAAGGAGUACAAGAGGAAGAAGCCCCACUCUCACAGGUUCUGCCAGUAACAAGCCUGCUAAACCUAAAACACGUGAAACUUUGUCAGAAAAGAUUCCCACUGACUCUCAGGAAUUUUGAACUUAAUGAAAAUAUACAACAUAUUUUUUUGUCAUGUUAUAUGCUGUUUUCAGCUAGUUUAGAAUGUAAAUAGAUAAGGAAAUAUGAAUUGCAUUGUAAAGUGCCCUUUUAUAAGUAAGUUUUAUCCAGCUCUAAACCUUUCUGGAAAUUAUUGUCCCAUAUUGAGAUAGAAAAAGGCUCCUUGUUAUAAAAGAGCUAAAGCUUUUUUCUUUUCUUUUCUUUUCUUUUUUACUUUAAACAUACAUUUGUGAUCAUAGAAGGGAAAACAUUUAAAUUGGGUGCAUCAAAAGGAGAUUUGUGCAGAGCUCUUGAAAGAUUUAUAGAGGUUGCUAUUUACUAAAUAGAGUUCAUGAUUUCUACCACUAAACUUUGUGUCUUUUAUAAAUUAAUGCUGAUACCACUUAGUUAGGAUGUUAAAAGUGCAUUUGACAAUAUCAGUAACCAGAAGUAAACGUUGCAUUUGAUUAAUUUUUGUAUUGUUACAGUAAAAGCUCAAAAUAAACAGACUAGUUUAUUAAAAGUCAUCAUAUCAAUGACAAUAACGAAGUUAAAUACACAUCCACUAAUACCUUCAUGCAUUAUAUAUCCCUCCAGUUCACUCAUUGUUGAUUUGUUGAUUUUUUUCUGUUCUUUUUAUGGUGCUUGACUGGAAUAUUCUGAACGAUGUACUAAAGAAUUCAGAAUUAUCUUUAUAGUAAAAUAGAAAGAUGUAUCAGAUAUGCUUCAGAAAUUUCAAGUGUUGAACAUGAAAAGACUAUUAGUGAUAAAAACUUCACAGGUUAGGCUUAUUAAGUUAAUAGAAAAAAAUGUGGUUUAUGUGGAUUAUUUGUAUACACAGAAAAUCUGUAGUACAUUUAGUAUGCUACAACAGAUGAUCUCAGCAGAAUUUUUAUUUUUUAAAAUCAUAUUUUCUAUUUCAUUACCUUUAUAUCUGCAUAUCGGCUGUACACUUCAUAAAACGAUCACAGUUUCAGUCUUAGUCAUAUAAUACAGUCUAUAUAUCACACAUGGACACACACUGGAGCUUUUGCUGUAGUAUUUACAAGUACAGUAUAUAUUAACUUUCAGGGUGUAUAAGACAACUAAUAACUUAGUACAUAUCACCAAUCAAAGUAUUAUUUCCUAGUCAUUUUCUUUGGUACAUAUGCAAGCUUUUAGAUGCUUGAUAUUAAAAAAUGUGAUACUAAGUUAGUUUUUUCCACAAUUUUUCUACCAAAACACCUAGUGUCUUGUAUUUGCAGGUGUCGAAUAUUAUAUUCCAAUAUUUCAGAAGAAACUUUUCCAUUUAUUUAGAAAAAGAAAUCACAUUUAGAGUAAAUUUAUUUAUGAGGUUAAUUUAUUGUAAAAUAAGUAAUAUUUCCUUCUAAUGUGUGAUACUUCAGAACUUAGAUAAAGUUUAUGUUAAAUUGUGUAAAAAGAAAUUACAACAAAAAGAGUUUAAUCAAAAAUACAAAUGAUGGAAAUUAGUAGUGUUCCAGAAGUAAAUAGUAGGCAAAAAUAUCUUUGCAAUAAGAUAUAAAUGAAUGAGAAAGUGUACAUAAAUACAAUCAGUUCCUUAUGUUUCCAAGUCUUGUUUGUAGUCCACAAAGAAUUUUGACAAAUAUUUUUCUUAAGCUAUUAUUGAAUAUUUGUUGUAGUUCUAUAUAUUUGGGUCUAAAGUUCAUACACUAAAAUGUAGUUGUUUUUGUUUUGGAUGUGAGCAUACAUCAUGUUAGUAUUUUAUUGCAUGAUACACAAUGACACAAAAUUCCAUGAUUCUUACGGGAAGUAUUGUUAUUUACUUCUGACAAAUGCAUGUGUGUAUAAGAUUGCAUUAAAGUGAGUGACAGAGGACGGAUUUAUACUAGUUACCAAAAAUUUAUCACAUAAAAAGUGGGAAUUUUACCACAUACGUUCAGUCUUCCUCUCUUUUUUUUAGAAAUAGUAUAUGCACAUUUUUCCUUCUUUUCAAACAAAUCUAAGGAUACAAAGAUGAAGGUAAAGGCAGGCUGAAAUGGUAGUAAGCUGUUGUAAUAUUGCUUUUGUGAUUUUGUAAUAUAAGUUAUUUAUUACAAUAAACUUUGUAAUAUUUUCAAUUAUUCUAUAACAUUGAAUGUUACUGCGGAUUAAAUUUGUUACUGUAAUUUGCUAUGUGCAGAUGUUCAAAAAUUCUUAUUUGAAUAUUCAGUAAUUCUAUGACUUUGAAAAUAUCUUUAGUAAUGUUUACACUACAGGAUAAAGUUUAACUCCUUGGCAGAGGGGUAUAUAUAUGGUAAUCAUAGCUGACAGAUACAGGGGUUUGUUUACCCUGCCAACUUCCCACAAAAAUUUUAGCAUAGCCAUAUCCAUGAAAUAUAGAAAUGUCAAAAGACGUGUCUUAGUAUCUGUCUGCUACAUUUUCACGAACCGGCCCAGUUACAGGGACCAGGUGAGUUGCACGAUGCCAGUGUCUAGGGGUUAGGAUUCACAGUAUGCUUGUGAGAUAUGAUGAAUUUUGGUGUGUAAUUAUGUUUCCUUUCCUUCUUUUAUGAUGUAAAAUGUUUAAAAAUGAGAAAUUAUUUACCCUUUCUACAAACACCUUUUAUAUUGUAGUAAUGCCCACCUUAUAAUAAACUAUUAAAAUGUU